GAAGAAGCAGCAGAAGCCUCCGUUAGUGGCAGACAUACCCGUUAGCUAACGAGCUACUUAUCCGGUAAAAUAGAUUUAUUCGCGGUAACAGCGGUAGACAUGAGACGGUGUCCGGCUCGGUGGAGGAUCUCAGUCUGAGAUGACAUGAUGCUCCUGCAGCCUCCAGCAGCUGAACAUUGACGCUUUUGACCGAGAAUCUGCCGCCAUGGGGACCACGAUGAGCGAACCGUGCAUCUACGACAAGCUGUCCGAGAGCAUCGACAUCCUCCGCCAGUCGGGAUAUCGCUACGGCAUGUCGGAGAGGGAGAUCGAGAGGUUCAUCAAGCAGGUCCUGGAGACCAACGAGCCCAGAAGAGAACCUCCUCAGUUUCCGAUCCUGAGAGCCACCAUCAAGUUCGUGGUGGCGGUGGGCUUCCUGCUGGUGGUGGUUCUGGCCUUCACCUACCCCCAGAGCGCCCCCCAGCUCGGCCUGGUCAACCUGGGCUGUUACAACUGGUCGUCUCCUCUGAGCCAUGUCCGCCUGCUGUCUCUGCCCAUUGCCAAGAAGUACAACCUGCAGGGUUUCCAUGAGUGGUGGAGUGCCGGUUCUCUCAGGCAGAACCUGGUCAACUGUUCUGGAUGUGCAGAGAUUUCCUCUGUGCUGGAAGUUCCAGAGAGCCUCAGAGGAACCGUGACGCUGCGACGAGGUCCACAGCUGGUCCUGCUGAAGGGCGGUGAAUCCCUCAGCGUCCAGCGGCAGCAGCUCGAGGAGCUCUACUUGGCCCAUUCAGGCUCCAUGUCCAUCCUGCUGGAGGAGGAUGACGAUCUGCAGAACCACAACCUCGGACUCCCUCAGGGACCCGCAAACUUCACCCUGCUCUGGAGGUUCAGCUCUGGGACCAGGGAGAAGGUGUUACGGUGGCUCUUCCCGAAGGCUGAACUCUGCCCCCUGCUGGACAGUGCAGGAACCAUCCUGCAGCGCUGCCUGGUCACACACAGCACAAACUCCCAGAGCAAGGGUGUCAGGGUGCUGGGUUGGCUGGUGGUGGGCGAGGGGCUGCCGACGGUCCGAGUUCUGCCGGUUCAACGCUGCCAGAAACACUGCAGCUCCUUUAACCUGUGGCUGACACCUGGAGACAUGGUGUACGCUGACCCUCGGUACUGGCAGAUGGAGCUCUUCCCGGGUCGAGGCCAGAACAUCAUCUGCGACGGUUCGGCCUUCUAGCCUCCGAGCGGUUUUGGGACUUGGCAGAUCGUCAGUGAAUGUUGGAGGCGUUUGGGAGCUUCCUGUGGCUCCGCCCACUGUUGCCUUACAACCCCCGACCCGGUGGUUUUCGUCCUCGGACGGCUGGAAACCGCUGCUCACGUUUGGAUAACGGAAACUGUUGCAAGUUCCCAGGGUCCAGGAACGACUCUGAUGGCUGAACAUCUUCUGUGCUCGUGCCAUACCUUCAAGCUAAAUCAUCGGAAUCACCAACAUCUGCGACUGACUUAGUGAUUUAAUAAUAAAUCUGCUGCUCAUAAGUGACUCUUCCCCUGAAUGGAGAUUUUAAAAAUGGACACUUUUGUUUUUCAGUGCCAGAAACAGAAAAUUAUCUAACCCUAACCCUAAAGACUCUAAACCCUCUGAACCCCAAACAGUUUCUUAAUUUUGUUCGCUGUUGUUAAACUUUUCAUCACCGUUGGCUAAUUAUUUAUCACUGUGGGCUCAUAUUUACUCACUGUAGCUUAUUUUUUGUCAUCAUGGGCUCAUUUGUCAUCAUGGUGUGCUAAUUUUCCCUCACUGUAGACUCACUUUUACUCACUGUGGUUCAUUUUUCACUGCAAUCUAAAGUCCUAUGGAAACAUAAUACAAGAGAGAACUCAGAAAUAUCUUGUGUGUUAUUUUACACAGUUAUAAAAUGUUUUAAUUUUAAAAAAUAAUAUAUCUAUAUGUGGAAUCAAAUUGUAUAGCAUUUUUUCCAACUGUUUAGAUGCAUUAAAUUAAAUAAAAACUCAUUAGUCUUGAAGGAAAGUUGUCAACACUGGAAAAAAUGGCGACUUUGCAGACUAUAGGUAUUUAAUUAUUUAUGUUUUUAUUUAGUUCCUAUACAUGUCUCCUCUCUGCUCUGUAAAAACAUUUCCUGUAUUUCAGCUGAAAACAAUGAAUUUUUGUCACUUGA